AAUUUAUUAUCUAAUAUCUAUUUUAUAACUUUUGUACUUUUAUCACUUUUAUUUUAUUUAUAUUUCACAAGUACAUUCAAUUAUUGGUCCGAUCGCGGUGUUUUGUAUAAAAAACCAACAAUAAUAUUUGGUAAUUACUUUGAUUCGAUAGCAUUUCGUAAAUCACUACCAGAAGUGACGAAAGAAAUGUACAAUUGGUUUGAUGCACCUUUUUUUGGUGUAUUUCGUGUCCGUGCGCCGAUUUUAAUAAUCAGAGAUCCUAAACUGAUCAAAUCCGUGCUUGUGAAAGACUUUAACUAUUUUGUAAAUCGGGGAAUCCCAACAAAUUUCCAGGACCCGUUAUCCUGCCAUCUGUUCAAUUUGGAGGGAGACAAAUGGAGAAAUUUAAGAACAAAAUUAACUUCAGCAUUUUCGGAGGGAAAAAUUAAAAAAAUGGUUAUAUUGUUGCAAGAGUGUUCAGGUAUUUUUGAAAAACUAAUUAACGAAGCAUCAAUUAGUAAUGCUCCGGUAGACGUACGUGAAUUGACGGUAAAUUUUAUGAUUGACGUCAUUGGAAGCUGUGCAUUUGGAAUACAAAUAAAUGCACUGACUGAAAAAGAAUCGGAGUUUCAUCGUGCGGCCAAGAAAAUAUCUAAGCCAGGAUUUAAAAGUCAGCUUUGGAGAUUGUUACGCACGUCUAUUCCACAAGUUUAUAAAUUUUUGGGAAUUCAAAUUAAUGAUCCAAAUGUUACUAAAUUUUUCCAAGACGUUGUUAAGCAAAUGGUUGCUUUGCGCGAAAGCGAUGGUUCUCGGCAAAGAAGAAAUGAUUUUAUGGAUUUGUUGGUUGACUUAAAACGCAAAAAUCAGUCUAAUCGUCAUUCUGAUCAAGAUAAUAUAGAAUUCGAUGAAAAUAUGAUAGCCCCUCAAGCGUAUGUAUUCUUCGUCGCUGGAUAUGAGACAUCAUCCAAUACCAUAGCUUUUUGCCUUUACGAGUUGGCGACAAAUAAAGAAAUUCAAAAUAAAGUAAAAGCUGAAAUUGCCUUAGUGAUGAAAAAACACAAAGAAUUAACUUAUGAGUCAAUAAAAGAGAUGAAAUAUCUUGAAAAAGUUAUUCUAGAAACACUCCGCAAAUAUCCGCCGGCUGCAACGAUUGGCCGAAAAUGUGAAAACACAUACAAACUUCCUGGUACAAUACUAACAAUACCAGCUGGAAUGAGAGUAAUUAUUCCAGUUUACGGAAUACAUCACGAUCCAAAUUAUUAUCCAGAGCCAGAUAAGUUUAAUCCAGAUAGAUUUGAUGACAAUAAUAUUCAAAUUUUUAACACAUUCCUACCAUUUGGCGAGGGACCACGCAGUUGUAUCGGUAUUCGAUUUGCCAAGCUAUCAAUGAAAUUUGGACUGAUAUCUUUUUUGAAAAAUCAUCGAGUUGAACUUUCUGAUAAAACAAUUACUCCAAUAAAAUUUACUGUACAAAGCAUGGUUACAAGUAGUAAAAAUGGUAUUUGGUUAAAUAUUCACCGUGAUAAUUAAUAAAUACCAUCUGUAAAUUUAUUUAUACGUACAUAUUUUUUUUUAUAAUAAAAAAUUU